UAUUCUAAGUUUAAUUCAAAUUGCUAAGGUGCUGAAACUACAAGUAGUUUUAGCACUUACAAAUAAGUGGGUUGAUAGUUGAUGGAGUAUGAUUGGUACACUGACUACUACAGAUUUGAAGUGAAGACCCAAAACCAACAUUCCAUGUACCCUGGAGCCAAAAAUGCUGGCAACUGUGAUACUUCAUGGAUUUCGGCAAACACAUACGUCACAGAAGAGGGCCAUCCCUACACCAUAAUCGACACUCCUCCAAUCACGCAUCAGUCUCUGGGAAAUGACUUGAUAACGUUUCUAAAGCAGUACCAGUACGAAAAAAUUGAUGCAGUAUGCAUCGUGCAACCUGGCAACAAAGCCGAAAUUCCGAGUUACGACAUGUCUGUGAUGAAACAAGUUACGUCACUGUUCGAGCGCAACGCAAUUGGGAACAUAUUUCUCAUUUCGACAUUUGGACUGCACAGAGAGAGCAGCAUUUCGGGGCUCGAAUUUGAACGCCAAAUUUCACUUGAAAAUAGCUGCCUUUUCACACAAAACGAAACUUCUCGUGCAAUGUGGGAGUUGUCAUUUACGAACUACGAGGCUUUUGUCGACUAUAUAUCCAAAUCAGGAAAACCAGCGGUUAGGUUGGUUGAGAAUGAAUGGAAAAUGGACCCUAAGGAGAUUGAAAACGCAAUUUUAUCACUCGAAGAGGCUAUUCAAAAACUACUCUACGACUCUGCUAACUUGAACCGGGAAAAAGAGCAACUUGCAGCUAUGAAGGACGACAUAAACACUUUGCAAAAUCUAGAAUACAACGUGGUAGUUCAGAAAAAGGAGAAAGUAAACAAGCCUCAAGGUUUGUUUGUGACCGUGUGUUUGCACUGCUCGCAAACUUGUCACGAUAACUGCUCGUUUGAAAAUGACGAGGAUAAACAUCAGUGUGUAGCGAUGGAUUCAAACGAGCCCGCGGAGUCUCGCCACUGCAAGAAUUGUUCCGAGAAAUGUCACUGGCGCAAACACUCUAACACUCCUUAUUUCUACAGGGUGGUGGAAGAGACUGUUUGUAAGCCUAUCGAGGGUUUAUUGGAUCUCUACUCCAUUCGAGCGGAUGACAUCAGGAGAGGGGAGAAGGUGGUUGCUCAUUUGGAGAAAACGGUGACGGAGACCCUAAUUCAGAUGGUGCAGCAGAUUGAGAUCAUUGAGCGAAAUAUCAGAUAUAUGGAGCAGUUUGACAUCACAAACGCCGCUGAUGCCAAAAACAGAGCCGACAGGAAAAGGAGGAGCUAUAUUGAGAAGUUGAAGGACAAGGAGGAAUAUGAAAAUCAGGCGGGAAGUAAGGAAAGAAUCAACCAACUUGAGAAGGCGCAGUUGGGCGAACAAUACCUUAAAGCUGUAAUCGAACAGAUGGAAGCCUAGACUUUUAUUGAGAAAUUUCGACUCCAAAAAAGCUGUAUAUAAUCUUUAACAAAUUAAACAAAAUUUGGUUUAGAAAUACUUUAUUGAUGAUCUAAUUCGUUUAAUAAUGAUAGGGGAAAAACUUUACACAACUUGGUCGUAUCUAAGGUAGCACUUUGAAACAAAUGCAAAGUAGAUUUCAAAAACUUUGAUUUUAGUGUUUCUUUCUACGCUGUAACUCUCAAAGUUUAAGUCGCACAAUUUUAGGUAGCACCAUUCUUGGGAGGAAAAACUUCGGCAAAGUUGGGAACGAAAACAAACUAGAGCGUUUCAAAUUUAGAUCGAAGCUUUGAUUAGCGUCCACGUUUGCUUCGAAGUAACAAUUUAGUUUCAUAAUUUGAUAUAGAUAAAAAAUAAAACAUGUCUAUUUUUGCAGAUUUGGCCUAGAAUUCUUUCAGUCGAAGAAAAGUAACUUUAGUAAAUUUUUCAAUUUAUUUCGAUCGAAUGUUCAUAUUA